AUGGCCGCGGCGAGGUUUUCCACGCCGGAGUCGGACAGCGGGCUGGCUUCCGACCUCUGGUUGAGCCCCUUGGCCAGCCCCAACCUCCGGAGACCCCUGCGGGAGAAGGAAGAGCUGCGCCAGCUCAACGACCGCCUGGCCGCCUACAUCCAACGCGUGCGGGCCUUGGAGGCGACCAAAGCGGCGUUGCAUCUCCGCCUGGGCCGGUGCGAGGAGGACAGCGGCCGCGACCUGGGCUCCCUGAGGAGCAGCUACGAGAGGGAGCUAGCCAAGGCGCGCCAGGCGCUGGAACACCGAGCCUUGCAAGAGGCGGCCUUGCAGGCUGCGGCGGACUCACUGGGCGAAGAGCACCGGCAGCUUCUGGCCAGGAACGCUAAAAAAGAAAAUGAAUUAAGCUCGGCAGUCGCUCGAGCGAAGGAUCUGGAUGCUCGGCUAAACUCCAGAGAGGCUGAGCUGACGACCGCGUUACACGUGCAGCAGAGUUUAGAGAAAGAGCUCCAAGAAUCCAAGGAUCAAACGAACUCUCUUAAGGAGCUGCUGAAAAGUUCCAGAAACGAACUUCAUAAUGAGAAGUUGAAAAGAGCAGAGUUGGAAAAUCAAGUGAAAUCUUUCCGAGAACAAGUGGCGUUCCUGAAGAGCUUCCAUGAAAACGAACUCAAGAACAAGAAGCAACUUUACGAGAACAGAAUUCAAGGGAUUGUAUCUGGCCGUCAGCAGGAAUAUGAAGCUAAACUAAUGAAUUCUCUCCAGGAGCUCAGAAAAGAGCACGAACAACAAAUCAAGGAAUACAAAGACCACGUGGAACAAAAUUUCCAAGCCAAAGUAGAAAAUGCGCUCCUUUACGCUGAAAAGAAGCACGAUUUUGCUGCGACUGUUCAAGAGGAACUGCAAAAAACAAAACUGAAGGUUGAUAAUCUCAUAUCACAGAACGUCGAAUUGCAAGCCAGGAUCAAAGAGCUGGAGACUAGGAUAAAGGAACUACAGAGAGUGAUUGAUACUGAACGUGACUCUUCCAAAAGACGCCUAGCUGAAAAAAACAGAGAGAUGGCAGAGAUGCAGCAACAGAUGCAGUCCCAGCUGGAUGAACAUGAGCAUCUGUUGGAUGUGAAGUUGGCCCUGGACCUUGAGAUCAAUGCCUACAAGAUGUUGCUGGAAGGAGAAGAAAAACGUUUGAAACUCUCCAAAUUCUCCUCUGAAAGUGGGGAAGCGGAGAGGAGAAGUAGUGAUAGGAGUUGGACCACCAUAAGUCACGGCCAACGCCUCUUCUUGCAAGGAAAGAAACGGAGACGCGCAUCGGCCAAGAAACAGGCUCACAGCCUGAGCUUCAAAGUGGUCCAGCGAGCGUCUUCUUCAGGAAGCAUCUCCAUCGAAGACAUUGACGUGGAAGGAACGUUCAUCAAAAUUAAAAACAAUUCUGAUAAGGAUCAACUACUAGGUGGAUGGAUGGUUAGGAAGCAGCACAGAAACGAAUCUGACACGAUGUACAAGUUUCCUGCUCAAUUCAUUCUUCAGGCUGGUCACGUAAUAACGAUCUGGGGAAAAAAUGUGGGUUUAAACCCAAGUCCUAGCACCCUGGUUUGGGAUUCCCAAAAGUCAUGUAGACUUGGAGAGAACAUUGGUAUUGUUCUCCUUGACGGUGAUGGGAAUGAGACUGCAGAAGGCAUGGUCAUGUAUCUGGAAAGAGGAGAAGGUGAUGGAGAAAUUGAAGACGCUGCAGAAGAAACAAAAAUAGGGAUUCAUAGCCAGCCGAACGAGACCAGCAGCUGUCCCAUUAUGUAACCGGAAGUUGGUGCCUUACCUGAUAAGCUUGAAAUGGGGAUGCCCAGAAUUGAAAAUAUGGCUUCAGAGAUGUUUUGGCUCCGCCCGGAGAGUCGACGCUGUAACUUCUCCUUCGUUCUUCUUGACUUCCAAGGACAAGAUGGCUUGUGACUCCUAACAGCCAACUAGUGAAAGACUUAUAUGCAAGGAUUAAGGCAGACGAUACCGUCUUGAGUAAGACUAUCUUGAAGUUGCCUCUAUGAGCCUUAAGACACCUUCUCUUUUUUCUGACCUGCUACGAACAAGCAAGAAACCUCAUCUUGCUAAAUUUUAGAAGGAUAGUAAAUGCACUGCGUUGUUGAAUCGAGUGCCCGGUCCUUGGUUAACUUGUGUUGCUUAUUUUGCACAAAGUGUGGCCUUUUUGCAGAGGAAGUCUCUCAACCUCCUCAUCCCUCUAUAAACCCACCCUUAUAUGUAUCCAAACAAAAGCCCGACUUUGUCCCAAGGUUGCAAUUCUAGUUUUCUUCAAUAGCCGGGGAGAUGUUCCAACAACCGGGCCACCUUAAGGAAAUCCUUUUGCUCCAAUUAUAUAUAUAUUUAGUAGCCAUACAACCUGCUUCCUCUCUUUUUUUUAACAGGAUUGGCCGUAUCGGAGCAUGCUGGAGAUCAGUCUAGAACAGUGUUGGCAAACCUUUUCGGCACCGAGUGCUGAAAUGGAAGAGCACGCAUGCACACGAGAGCCAGGACCUGGAAGAGCACCCGCCUGGUGCGUGUGCGCAUGCCAGGAAGAUGAUCUUCCGGUUUUCGGCAUGUGUAUGCGCACCCGUCCAGCUGGUCUUUGAGCGUACAUGUGCGCCAGAAACUGAGAGACCAGGUGACCGGUGCACAUGUGUGCGCUGGAAAGCAGAAGAGCAGCUGCCUAGCAUGCGCAUGCACGCUAGGCGGCUGCCCUUCCAGUUACUGGCGCUCCCGCGUGUGUGAAGACCAGCUGGCCGGUGCGCCUGAACCUUGAAGAACAACAGGCAAUAGCUCACAUGCCUGUAGAGAUGGCUCUGUGUGCCACUUCCUGCACGCAUGCCAUAGGUUCGCCAUCACAGGUCUAGAAGUUGCCCAAUGCUGGUGCUGAUUUGCAAUAGGAAUGAGAGUGCAGGGAAAACUUUCCUUACUCUGUCCUUCUUUUAUAUUGGACCCGAAGGAACAUCCAGAGAGGAGGUUAAAAGUGCCCAUCAAAUACCGCAUUUCUUUUCAAUCUCUUCCAGCAACAGUGGACAAGGAACGGUAAACCUUAAAACCCAGAAUGGUUUAGGACUCUUGUAUUAAUUCAUGGCCAAAGAAUUCUUCUUGUUCCUACCAGCCUCGGGGCAGUGUCUUUUUCUUGAAGGAUUCCUUUCAGCUGGAUUUUCUUCCAAGGGAGGCUUUUAGAAAUGGUUAAAUUAUUAAUGCCAGUGGUUUCUGAUAUUUUAGCGCAGGGGUCUCCAACCUUGGCAACUUUAAGACUUGUGGACUUCCAAC